CUUUGAUUUGCUCAGUUCAUUGAUUAUCACUGCCUUGUUUUUGCAAUCCAUUGAGUACAAGAAAGGAUUAAAGACGGUAGCGGAGGCGGAGGCGACCACUGGCGGCGAUGGAGGAAACAGGAAGAAUUUUCGAGUCAAAGACGUGAGAGGCAUGAAUUCUUUCACAAAAUUUGCUGAUGUAAGGCAUUUCAACGCCGAACGCCGGAGCUACCUUCAGUGAUCAUUGUGUGCACAUGACGUUGUUGUACAAGAGUCUGAGUAGGAGAGUCCUACUUACAUCUGCAGCUAUGAAAAGAAGAAUCACAACAGAUGCCCGCCAGAUUUUAGUGUCUCCACCUCUCAAAUCCAUUGAUUUUCCUGAUAUUUGGACUAGUUCCAGCUUUCCUGAUUAUUCUUUCAUCACAACAUCGUAUGAUACCCCGCAGACUGCAACAGUAAUUGAUGGUAGGGCGAUUGCUGAGGAAAUUACAUCAGGAAUAACUAGUGAGGUGAGGAGGAUGAAGAACUCUACUGGAAACGUUCCUGGCUUGGCUUUAAUCAUGGUCGGCCAAGGCAGGGACUCGCAGACUUAUGUUCGCAAGAAACUGGGUGCAUGUGAAGAAGCUGGAAUCCAGUCGAAGAUUUCUACUUUGCCUGAAAACUGUACAGAAGAUCAAGUUCUGAAUGCUUUAUCAUGUUUUCAUGAAGAUCCAUCUAUUCAUGGUAUACUCGUGCAGCUUCCUCUACCGCAACAUUUGGAUGAGGGGAAAAUCCUGAACUCUGUGCACCUAGAAAAAGAUGUCGACGGCUUCCAUCCAAUUAACAUGGGGAAUCUUGCUAUGUGGGGUAGGGAACCACUUUUCUUACCCUGCACACCCAAAGGCUGCAUCGAGUUGUUGAUCAGAUCGGGUGUAGAAAUCUCGGGGAAGAAGGCUGUGGUGAUUGGAAGAAGUAAUAUUGUUGGAUUGCCCAUGUCCUUGCUAUUGCAGAGGCACCAUGCUAUUGUCAGCGUUGUGCAUGCAUUUACUAGGAAUCCUGAACAGAUUACUCGCGAAGCUGACAUAGUGGUUGCUGCUGCUGGUGUUCCCAAUCUGGUUCGUGGUAGUUGGCUCAAACCUGGUGCAGUAGUUCUUGACGUGGGGACGAACCCAGUUAAGGAUCCUAGCUGUGAGUAUGGGCAUCGACUAAUUGGAGAUGUUUGCUAUGAAGAAGCAUCAAGGGUAGCUUCUGCUAUUACACCCGUUCCGGGCGGAGUUGGACCGGUGACGGUUGCUAUGCUCUUACUCAACACACUAGAAUCAGCCAAGCGAGCGUAUAACUUUACCUAACUCGAUGUUAUUUCAACAUGUGACAGUUACUAUGCUCUUACUCAACACACUAGAAUGAGCCAAACGAGUUCAUAACAUUACCUAACUAUUUUGACAUGAUGCAGUCGACCUUAUAACGCAAAACCUCUAGCACGGCGAGAAAUCGGAAUGUCGAGCUUGUUAUCAAGAGCAAGUCAUCUAAACUAGAUUUUAUUGUGAGAUCAUAAAUGUGCAAAAGAAAUUAGCCUUAUUUCUAUCGUGAACAGAUGGAGGGAGUUUUGUUUGUUUUAGAGUGAUUUAAGGUAAGGAGUUGAAUGUUGAGCAUAAUCGAAUAAGGGUAGCAAAAGGAUUGAUACCACUCGGUGUAUUAUUGUUAUCAAACCUUUUAUCGUUGCUAACCAUUGAUUAUACAAGUAAACAGAUCUCUAAGCAAGAGAUCUUG